CCCUUUCGAUGGUCAUUGAAGCCGUGAGUCGUGCACACUUGUCCAUAGCGUGUAUCUGAGCGAAGACGUAUUUGCAACUCGGGCCCGAUGACGGCCUGUUCCGUUGCGCACCGUCUCAUAUUUGGAGGUGCCAGAUGCCAGCGGACGAUGUGAUUGCAGAAUGUCCGCAUUCCGGGGUCAAAGAACAGAGCUCUCCGUUCAAAGCACAACAACGGUCGCGCCUGGUCGUCUGCCCUCUUUGCCCCUCCCACACGAUUGCUUGCCCUAGAGCAGUGCUCCGGGGUUCGAGCGCAAGAGGGCACGACGAGAACGGUAGCAAAUCUGAGCCUACGAAGAUCCCCGAACAUUGUACUUCUCACAUGAUCAAAGCGACUGGUCGCGAGAUGAUUUGUGCUGGAGGCUGUGAGGCUUUUCGGCGCUCUUCAUCUCUCUCUCUACGGCCUGUUGCUCCGAACGUGAGAGACAUGCUGUGCUACCCAAUCCGCAUCUGUCCGGAGCCUCGAUAGCCAUGCACUCCCACUCGCGCAAACGCGCAUUUGUGAAGAUGUAUUGUAUUGUUGGUGGAGAGUGAUUGUACAACACGGAAUCCAAUUGCAAGGUCAUGAGCUUUGCAAGAAUAGUGACGAGGGCGCUCUUCGAGGUCCCUUUGCCACGAUUUGAGAAUCUGGACCGUAAGUCGUGACUUUGAAGCUC